GUCCUUGUGGCAUAGAUAAAAAAGGAAGAGAAGAAGGAACUAGAACCAAACAAAAGAAAGGUCCAUUAUGGAUUCUGAUCACUCUUCACCUUUGCUUUCUUCAACACCCACCUUGCCCUGUCGGAAUUCCUUCCUGUUCCGGCCACAACAUCUCCUUCUCCGGUUACUCCCUCAGAUUCACCCUCUGUAGUUCCCUCAACAACAAACUUCAAGAUUCCACGGCAUACACAGGAAAAUCACAAAAGGUGUCGUGUGGGGAAUCAAGUGGUAGAGUUGAUGGGGCAUUUUUCCUCGAUGUUCAAUGGGUUGGCACGGUCGUUUUCAAUGAAGAAAGGAAGAAAGAAUGAGAAAUGCGAAGGGAGGGAAGCCGCCGAAGCAAUGGCAAAGGAGGCUAAGAAGAAUGACAUGAUGCUGUGUAGCUCUGGCAUAGUUCAUGUCUAUGGUUCAAACAACUUUGCCUCCGUAUUCUCCAAAAGAGGUCAGAAAGGAGUGAACCAAGAUUGUUGCAUAGUGUGGGAGGAAUUUGGAUGCCAAGAGGACACGAUCUUCUGUGGGAUUUUUGAUGGGCAUGGACCAUGGGGUCACUUUGUGGCCAAAAGAGUAAGAGAGUCAAUGCCACCAUCUUUGCUAUGCAACUGGCAGGAGACGCUAGCCCAAACUUCAGUUGAUCCCGGUGUUGAUGUAGAGGAAGGAAAAAGGCAACUUUACCGAUUCAACGUAUGGAAGCACUCUUACUUGAAGACAUGUGCGGCCAUUGACGAAGAACUGAAGCAGCAGCGCAAGAUAGACUCGUUUUACAGCGGAACAACUGCCCUAUCAAUUGUUAGACAGGGUGAACUCAUUGUCGUAGCAAAUGUUGGUGACUCUCGUGCUGUGUUGGCUACAACAUCAGAUGAAGGAAGUUUGGUAGCGGUUCAACUAACAGUUGAUUUCAAGCCCAAUUUACCCCAAGAAGCAGAGAGAAUAAUUCAGUGCCAGGGGCGUGUGUUCUGCCUAGAGGACGAGCCAGGGGUGCAUAGGGUAUGGUUGCCUGAUGCAGAGUCUCCAGGACUAGCCAUGUCUAGGGCCUUUGGUGACUACUGCAUUAAAGGGCAUGGCCUAAUUUCUGUGCCUGAGGUAACCCACAGAAAUAUAAGUGUUAGAGACCAGUUUGUGGUGCUAGCCACUGAUGGGGUUUGGGAUGUAAUAUCUAACAAAGAAGCAGUGGAAAUUGUAUCUUCAACAGCAGAUCAAGCUAAGGCAGCUAAAAAGUUGGUAGAGUGUGCGGAACAUGCAUGGAAACGCAAGAGACGGGGCAUUGCCGUGGAUGACAUUUCAGCCAUUUGUCUUUUCUUUCACUCUUCCUUUUAAUCAAACCAAGUUAUGCAGGUGGCCACUUUGAAGUAGAUUAUGCUGUAAAAUGUCAUAGUCGAACAAUGUUCAGUUGAUGCACCAUUGCUCCAUUUAACAUAAAUUGAUUAAAAGUUCAUGUUGAUUUUGUUUC